UGUCUUGUGGAUGAGCUACAAAAUUCUCUGGCCGGCAUAAAAGCUAGUUACUUUACAAUUUUAACAUUAUACCGCCAGGUUCCUCACUAAUAAACUACCAAGAUGUCGUAUAUGCUACCACAUUUACACAAUGGCUGGCAAGUGGACCAGGCCAUACUCUCGGAGGAAGAUCGUGUUGUGGUCAUACGUUUUGGACACGAUUGGGAUCCCGCUUGCAUGAAAAUGGACGAAGUCAUGUACAGCAUUGCGGAGAAAGUGAAAAAUUUUGCAGUAAUUUACUUGGUGGACAUCACCGAGGUGCCAGAUUUCAAUAAGAUGUAUGAAUUAUACGAUCCCUGCACCGUAAUGUUUUUCUUCCGCAAUAAACAUAUAAUGAUUGAUUUGGGUACUGGUAAUAAUAAUAAAAUCAAUUGGCCGCUUGAGGACAAACAGGAAAUGAUCGAUAUUGUAGAAACGGUAUAUAGAGGAGCAAGGAAAGGACGUGGUCUUGUCGUGUCACCAAAGGAUUACUCUACCAAAUAUAGAUAUUAAGCGCUAUUUUAUUAUUAAUGACUAUAUAAUAUAUGCACGUAUAUACAGUAUAUCAAAUUAUCACUACUAUUAAGUCACCAUAUCGUUACCUUAAUACAAAAAGGCGAUAAUUUCGAAAUUCAGCUUACAAAGUUUAAUACAUAUAUUGCUCACUAAAAGCUUAAUAGAGUUUUAAAGACAUCUACUACAGCAGUAAAAAAGUUUCAGCUGUUUUUUUGAAAUCCCAGGUUUUAAAGAAAUUCCCAAUUUUAGAACUUUGGUUUUUUUAAGUUUUGUAAUUGCUCUCUAAAGAGACACAAUUUUGGAUGAAGCCUUUCUGUAUCAAGGUAACGAUAUGUACGUACAUCAGCAUGUAAUUUUCAUCUCAUCUAUCAGCUAAGUCGGAUUGUGUAACUAAAAUGCGAAUUUAAAAACAAAUCUAUAGUCUUAAUUUUUGAAAAAGCUAAUCUAUGUGUGUUCAUCACCUUCAUUUGAAUGGAGUAGAGCGUGAGAAAGCCUGGACAUGGGCUUACUUUAUGGGUAAUAAUAAUAGUAUAGAAGUUUUGCCUUCCAUAUGUAUGAGAGGAUUAAUGAAUGCGUUCCUAAAGCUCUCCUCCUAGUAAAAAUAUUUUGGGACAACGCUUGCUUUUCAGACAUAUGUACAUAUGAAUGUACAUAUCGUCACCUGAAAUU